GUCACGGCGGACACGCAGCCGGCGAGGGUGGGGAGCGCGGCCCCAGCGGCCGGCAUGAACCCCGGGCGGCCCUCGCUGCCCGCGGCAGUGCCGAGGGAGCCGCAGGGCGAGUAGCGCUGCCACGGCCGGACCAGCCAUCUCCGGGUCCAUGAGCCGCCGCCAGCCGGGACUGCCGCCGCCACCGCCGGGCCCAGCUCCCCCAGCCCCACCGCUUCCGCCGCCGCUCCGCCGCCCUGCCGGAGGACGGUCCCGCGUCCUCCGCUGUGAAGAGAAUGGCCGUGACUCUAGAGCAGGCCCAGCGGGUGGGCUAUACCUGCCUGAAAGCACUCCUCAGGUUCGCUUUUAUGGUCGCCAAUAACCUGGUUGCUAUUCCGUCCUACGUCUUGUAUUUAAUUAUGCUGCAGCCUCUCCGAAUGUUGGAUAGUAAAAGCUUCUGGUAUAUCGAAGGAGUAUUAUUUAAGUGGCUUUUAGCUAUGGUGGCUUCCUGGGGCUGGUGGGCAGGAUAUACAGUAGUGGAAUGGGGUGAUGAUGUUAAAGCAGUAUCAGAAGAUGAAGCCAUGGUGCUGGUGAACCAUCAAGCAACGGGUGAUGUCUGCACUCUGAUGAUGUGCCUUCAGGAUAAAGGCACGGUUGUUCGUCAGAUGAUGUGGCUGAUGGAUCAUAUUUUUAAGUAUACAAACUUUGGCAUUGUGUCUCUAAUUCACGGAGACUUCUUUAUAAGACAGGGAAGAGCACACCGUGACCAGCAGCUUGCAUUACUCAAGGAGCAUCUAGAAAAAUAUUACAGGAGCCGCAAUCGGAAGUGGAUUGUUUUAUUUCCAGAGGGUGGAUUUCUUAGGAAAAGGAGAGAAACAAGCCAGGCAUUUGCCAAGAAAAACAAUUUGCCAUUUCUUAAACAUGUCACCCUGCCGAGACUUGGGGCAACACAAGUUAUUCUGAAAACACUCGUAGCACCACAGGAAAAUGGAACUCCAGUAGGUAGAGAAGCUGUGAUAAAAGAAAGCAAAUCAAAAGGCCUCCAGUGGGUGAUAGACACAACCAUUGCAUAUCCCAAAGGUGAACCUAUAGACAUCCAAACCUGGAUUCUUGGCUACCGACAACCAACAGUUACACAUGUACAUUACAGGAUUUUUCCAGUUAAAGAUGUACCUGCAGAGCCUGAAGCUCUUACAAACUGGCUAUAUGAACGAUUCAUUGAAAAGGAGGAUCUCUUGUCACAUUUCUAUGAAACAGGAGCUUUUCCUCCACUGCAGGGUCAAACAAAAGCUGUUUCUCGGGAGAUGACCCUCAGCAACCUGUGGCUGGUGGGCAUCCAGUCCCUUGCGUUUUUGUCAGGCGGGAUGUGGUACUGCAUCUUUCAGUAUUUUUAUCAUUGCCUAUUUUAAAAGUGGAAAGGGACCUGAGGACACAAUGGGAAUCCAGGCUCUUGCAAAUGAGUUCCAUGUCGUAUGUGCAAAUGUGAAUAUUCAAGAGUAAAGGAAAAUACUGGACAGACUCUUUACCUCUUUUUGGGGAAAUUUUAAACUUCACUAAAAGUGAAGAUCAGUAACAUAGUGACCUGAUGAUGUAUUAUUUUAAGAAUUGUCUGUAUUUUUAAAAAUGUAUACUCUCACCCACACUUAAGCAAAUUCAGCAUUUGGACAAAAGGUGCAAUCGUACAACCACCGUAGAAGAAUGUCUGUGACAAGAAAGCUCUGUCACCUCAAGUAUUUCUUGGCAUUGUAGUUAGAGCUCAGAAAAUUCAGCAACUUGUCUCUUCAGUAGUCUGUACAGCAUUGGUGUGGUAGAGAUUCCUCAUUUGCACAAACUUGUACUUUACUGCAACUCAUUGUGCUGGAGUCAAAGACACCUGACAGAGCUGGUGGUGGUAUCGUUGUGGCUACACAGUCAGCAGUUGGUGUAUUAGACACAUGGAUCUGAACCCAAGACCCAGGACAGGUCCGGCGUCAGGUGUGUUGUUUGGUGAGGAAUCAGUCCUCAAACAAAUCAUUGCAGCAUCAUAGUGUGAAUCAGAGUUAUCCACAUUUGAUGAGCCAACACAUCCCUGCUGUGGUCUUACCAUCAGCUCUCCAAAUUCUGUGUGCUACCAGCAUCUCACAUGAUGAGGAGACUUGGAAAAUACAAAGUGGAGAAUAAACCGGGUUUAUUUUCCCUUUGUGCUCAGAAUGCAUCUCAAGGAAACUUAACUGGUUUUCAAAAUGCACUUUGGAAGGUGAAAAUACAGUGAAGGAAAGACAUAAAACUUAGAGAACAGGGGAAAGCUUCAUCUCUCACACAUUGGAAGCCAGGGCAAUGCUAGUUGUUCCUGAAGGUCUGCUGGUGCUGCUGCUGAGUUUUAGCCACCUUUGUGUGUUGUAAACUGCAGUCCAACCAAGGUGACCUUUGAGUGGUUUAUAGAGGCCUUUUUCUCCCCCGCUGGCUGCAAGGGCGCUAAAUACGCUCGUGGGAGAGUUUCAGUGAUUCAAUGCCAACCAUCUUAAUGUUUUUCUAAGGAAUGAUAGAAGAAAAACUAGUUUCUUAAAAAGGAAAAAAUAGGUAUAAUUGUGAUCAUAAAUCUACAGGAAGAUACUGCUGCAAAGGGAAAAAAAAAGUAGUAUGGUAAAUACUCUGAAAAACUACACGGAGGGCAGAAUUAAUUAGCUCACCACUGGGCUAAAAUUGUACUGGAAGAAGGCUGGGUGAAUUUAAAGGCAAACUGGAACAGAAGACACUUUCAGAUGUGUAACCUUACAUUUGAAAGGAAGUUGAUGAUGUACAGUCUCACUUCUGGCAGGUCUGGUUGGCAUUGUGUUUAUGUGAUUAUACACAGAUUUGAGAGAGCUGUUCCUAAAAUAAAACUAAUCUCUCUAAAUGCAAGCAGGAUAGCCAGAACUUCAGAUGUUGGCAUAUUGCCUUUACAGAGUAAUUUUACUGAGAACAAAGUAAGCCCUCAGUAGUUUUGGCUCUGAGUAAGCAAUAUUGAUCUCCCUUGUUUCUCCCUCUCCUGUCAGAUGAAUCACAGUGGGUGAUGUGCAGAAUACAAAACCUGGCCAGUGAUUCUUUCGGGGGGGGGGGGGAACUAAGAGCAUACCAAAAUAUGAAGCAAUGUUGAUUUUCCAGACGUAAUAGAAAGCUAUCUAGUCAACUAUGCCACCCCUGUCCCCCCAAAAUAGCAGUUUUAUCCUAAGGUAGCUCAGUGGGAUGGUUGCAAAAGGAUAAGGCACAGUAAGUUCUCCUCCUUGACUUUAAAGAACCACUGCAGCUGGGAUGCAGAGGACAGCAGUUGCCUAGAGCUUAAUGUUUUAGGUAAGAUACUGCUCCUAAAUCCCAUUUCUGUACAUCCAGUCCCACACCUGUAUUCUAGAGUAAUGUGAAGUCCAUUUAAAAAGAGUUAUGCCCUGAAAGGGAGGCAGUCCUGCAAGUGUUUUUUGUCAUUGUUAUUAUUUUUCCUGUUGCUCUUGCUGAAGUACAGCUGAUGGAAUGAAUGUAUUUAAUCUGCCGUUUUACAGGGGAGGGAGCUGGGGCAGCCCAGUGCUGUUACCAUGUCUGUGGUUCUGUCUGCAGCAGGCGGGCAUAAACAGUCUCUCAAAACUGCAAAAUGCAGAUGAGAAAGCUGCUCAUUUCUGUCCUCCACCAGGUGCCCAGGGCACAGCUGGUUUUAUUUUGAGCUGGGACAGACUGGAGUGAUAUAAAAAGGGAAGUUUGUAUAAGCAGAUUGCACAGCAGUAACUCUCAUCAGGAGGUUGUUCUUGAGAGACCCCGUGAACUCCAUGUCAGAGCAGACUUGUUUUUCAAAUGCAGUAUUUUUAUUAUUUUUUUUUUCCGGUGGAUUGCAGUCCAUUAGCGAGUGCUCACGUGCUGCCUGAAGAAAUCAGAAAAUCGCAAUAACGAUUCAGAUAAUCAUUUGAUUUAUCUGGUCCUGUUUAUUUUCAGUUUGUUCCUCCAUAAUUCUUACUAUUGCAAAACAUUUGUUUUCAAGCACUGAUUGUUGUUUUGGUAGGGUGUGAAAAUAGUUAUUAGGUCUUAGGCUUCUCUUGUGCCGGCACUGGAAGACGAGCAGAGAGCCUGACGCUGUGUCUCCUCACAGCUGGGUUGCUGUGGAUGAAACCAUUGUUAGGAAACCCCAAAGUACCCUCCCAGCACCACCUUGGAUGCUGCUUCACGGGAGAGAAUAAAUGGGAUAAAAGAAGUUUUUCUUUUUUCUUAACAUAGAAAGAAGUGUAGGAAGGCCUGUGCUAAAAACACCGUGCCAGUCAGCACUGUUUGGAGCCCAGCAGACAAGUCUCUAAAAGGUGAUUCCCUGCCAGCCCUGGUUCGGUUCGGUUCGGUUCUGCCUGCUGGCAGUCAGCCAGAGUGACACUGGGGGUAGUUGGUGUUCUGUGGCACCAUCCGUGGGCUCUCUCUGCUGACAAGUUCAAAAUGUGUUUGACAGAAAAUCAUGUUAAUAGGCCAUGCAGUUGAUCAGAAAAUGGUUAAUUAAUACACCUGGAUUUACAUCAGAGGAAAUACAAUGGCAGAAUGUAUAAGGUGAUACGGAAUGAAAAAAAAUAGCCCCCCAAAAAACCCACAAACUGAAAGCUGCUGCACGCAGAAGUGAGAAUGCAGCAAUUAAAAUGUAUUGAGAAUAAAGAUGGUUCUCUGCCAGGGUUGCACACAAAAACAUCUGUACGUUUCUAUGUUUAAUUGUUGAUAAACUCAUUGUUACAACUGAAAUGAUGUAAAUUUGAGUGGUUUAUGCUCUUGAAGUCUCAUUACCUGAAGAGCAUCUGCCCAUUCACAAGGAGCAGUGGUUUCAUCAAUGCCCCCUGGUGAGUCGCCUUCCUCGCAGAUUCUGUUGUAUUUUAUGUAUGGUUCUCUGAAGCUUUUCAUCAAUUAUGUCUCUUGCAGGAGGGAUAUUUUUUUGUUUGUUUGGGGGGUUUUUUGGUGUUGUUGUUUUUUUUUUAAGUUGCUCUCAUCAGAUUUUGAAAAGCAAGAUUUCAAUUGACUGUGCUAAUUGGGAAAUUAAAAACUUUGUUCUCCCUCCUCCACCCCCCAGCAGCAAAAAUAAGAUGCAUCUUCUUGCAGUAAAAAUACAACAAUCACUGUGGUACUGUUCAUUAUGCACUUGUUUUGCAGACAAUGUAAUUGGUUUUUUUCUGACACUGCCAUAAAGUGCUUUUAACUUUUUUCACCUGUUUGUACAAGGUAAUACAGAUACCGAUCACUGUGUGUGACAGGAUUCAACUGCUCCACUUUGCCUUGACAUAAAAUUUUGGGACCAAAGGUACUUAAAACUGGGAUUUCCAAAUUGUGAGAUCAGAGUUGGGUGCAUUCCCUUGAUAGUCGGCUGGAGAUUUUGUUGUGAUCUGUUUCAGUCACACAAAAUGGUUACACAUCUAGGGUACUCUGUUGUUUGGGGAAAAUGGAGCCAUAUGAAAUAAAGGGUUAUUUUUCAAAACUGCAUAUUUGAUAGUUUUUACACAUUUUUUAAGAAAAGAGCAAUUGGAAGAGCAAAACUGAAACCAUACUCUGGUUUAAAAUGUCUGCAUACAUUAUGAACACUUCUGAGCAGCUUUUUUUUUUUCUGUAAAAACCAUAGACUACCUGGCUGUGAUAAAAAGAAAUCUUUAAAAGGAUUCUAUGCAUUUUAUUUUAUCAUUGGAUAAUGGAGUAAUUACACUCUGAACAACUGUCCUAUUGAAGUGAGUUACUUCCUUAAAGUUACUCUACAAUGGUGUUCAUUUUGUGUGAUAAAAAUGAGUUUUCUUGAUACCAGUUACUUUCACCUCCAGUUUUCUCCUCCCUUCCUGUUACCUGCAUUUUUGUUUUGUAUGAUAAAAUGGAUGCAGAAGCCUGUAGUGACUCUCAGUGAUUUUUGCAAAGAUCUGGUCAUGUUUGGAAUUAUUUUACUGAAUUUAUUUCAUUGAAUUUUUUUAUCAAAGCUUUCCAGCAGCCAAGAUGUCUUUCAGAAAUGUAGACAGAUACCAGAAGCAGCAUUUCUCUACAAAGAUUAUUAGGUGUCUUGUCCCAUUUUUUUUGUGUGUGUGGCAAAAAUAAAAGUUGAUUUUUUUUCAAAAUUA